AUGUCCGCCGCAGCUGCUAAUACCAAACCCGUCGCUGAGCUCAAAAAGCCCAUCCCUUUGCCUUUCGCGUAUACUUUCGCUUCUGGUGCGAUCGCAGGAUGUACCGAGUUGUUGCUCUUAUACCCCCUUGAUGUAGUCAAAACUAGACAACAGCUCGAUACCGCCAAGACCAGUACUGGUAUGGUCCAAACAUUCAAGAACAUCGUAUCGCAAGAAGGUCCCGGUAGAUUGUACAGAGGCAUCUUACCUCCCCUUUUCAUGGAAGCACCCAAACGUGCCGUGAAAUCAUCAUGGGGAGCCUUAUUCACCAACAACGGUCAACGAAAGAACACCCAAUCACUAGCGAUCGUAACGGGUUGUUUUGCAGGUGCUACUGAAUCUUUCGUCGUGACUCCUUUCGAGUUGGUUAAGAUCAGAUUACAAGAUAAGAACUCUAGCUUCAAAGGUCCCUUGGAUGUUAUCAAACAUAGUUUCAGGACCAGUGGGCCAUUAGGUCUUUACCAAGGUAUGGAAGCUACCUUCUGGAGACAUUGGUGGUGGAAUGGUGGAUACUUUGGUGCUAUUUUCGGUGUCAAGAACCAGUUGCCCAAAGCUACUGACAAGAAGGGUGAAUUGUUGAACAAUCUGAUCGCUGGUACUAUCGGUGGUUUUGUCGGUACCGCAUUGAACACUCCUUUCGAUGUCGUUAAAUCCAGAAUCCAGUUGCACGGGACAGGAGAAUGGACCUACCCUGCGCUCAUCAAAGUCGCUCAAACCGAAGGUCUAGGUGCAUUGUACAAAGGUUUCGCUCCCAAGGUAUUACGUCUUGCCCCCGGAGGUGGUGUGUUGUUGUUGGUCGUUGAAGCUCUAUCUACUGUAUUUAGAGGUUAUCUCGGUCCUCCUUACAUCUAA